UGAAAUUUUGACAGGUGCUAAUCUCGAAAUGCGCGAGAUGAUAGCGUUAUUUAACCAAAGUGACUUAUGGCGGGAAAUUUGUACUUUCUGUUUAAUUUUGAAAGAUAAUUAUAUUAAACAAUUAACAGUUUGUGUAGUUUUGUGUACGAUUUUCUGUAUUUAUUUAAGGAGAGUGAAACUUAAAUUAAACUCUCCACCAUGUUGUCGUGGCUGGAUUCCUUUUCUUGGAUGUGCUCUGGAUUUUGGAAAGAGUCCACUCACGUUUAUUGGACAGAAAAAGGAUGAGCAUGGCCCUUUAUUUUCGGUGUACGUGGCUGGUCAGACCCUCCAUAUCCUCACAGACCAAACCAUGUAUCAAGUUUUCUUUGAGUCACCAUGCCUUGACUUUGAGCUCACUGUCUUUGACGCUAUUACAAAAGCAGGACUGAUUAAUAAGGACAAAUUUAUCGAGCGUCACUCGAAACUCUACCAUGCCGUGAAGGGUACGCUUUCCCCACUGAGACUUGACGAUGUGACAGGGGCUAUUUGUGGCAAGUUUCGGAAACAGUUUGACGUCUUUAUCCCGAAAGAGGAGAGGUUCGAGCUGUACGGGAUGGUGAAGUGCUGUAUGUACGCACCCAUCGCAGAAACGCUGUAUGGAGAUUGUGGAUUCUCUUUCAAUGACAAGCAAAACUAUCUCCAGUUUAUUGAGCAGUUUGAAUGCUUCGACGAGAACUUUGAGCUGGGUGUACAACUGCCAUCUAUCUUUAUCCGGAAAUGGACGCAAGCAAGAAACAGCCUUCUGAAGAGAAUGAGUGAAAAGUUUUUCAAAAGCACACACAAGGAUAACAUGACCCUGUUGGAUGAACUUAACAGCGUAACAGGAGAGGAUGCCCCAAACUAUGCUGUGCUUGUGAUGUUGGCCGCGUUAAGCAAUGCUGUUCCGAUUGUAUUCUGGGCCAUAGCUAGAAUAUUAACUGAUGAACGAGUGAAACAGAAACUUUACCAGGAGUUAAAUGAACUUCGAUCAGAAAAGCCAAAUAAUGACUUUGACUUGAGUUUCGAGGACCUUAAGCAGCUCCCAUAUCUCCGUUGCUGCGUACAGGAAGCACUGAGACUGCAGUCAGAGGGAAUUGUGGGUCGUAAAAUUGUCAAGGAUAUAAACCUCCUGGGUUAUGACCUUCAGAAGGGUGAUCUACUGGUGCUAUGUCCAUAUUGGGCUCACAGAAAUGAGCAAUUUUUCCCUGACCCUGAAGCCUUCAAGCCCGAAAGGUGGGAGGGUGUGAGUUUCGCCCGCAUGUCCUACAGGCAGGGGUUCAUUGCCUUCGGAGGGGGCAGGUCACAGUGCCCUGGCAGGUAUUUUGCCCACAGUGUGAUGCAAAAGUUUGUGGCCUCAUUUUUAUUGCAGUUUCACUGUACACCUCACACCCCUGUACCAGCUGCUAGUAUGAUGCAUUUAGUUGGGGUCCAGCAUCCAACCAGCGAUUUCAUCGUGUCAUGUUCGAAGAGGAAUUUAUGAAAUUAUGAAAAAUGAUAUUUGAUGGACACUGACUUCAAGAUCAAGCUAUGAUUGCCUUAUUUAAGAUUCAGGAAAGUCAAUCGUAACAACUUGGCCAUCUCCUACAAGCUUUAGGAUAGCUCUUCUAAAUAGGCCUCAAGAUAUACAGCAUAACCUUGUUGGCUCGAUCUCCAAGGGACCAGCGAAAAUACCAGGAGCCUCAGGAAUUUUUACCAUCAGAAGAAUGAAAUUGUUCCUUUGCAUCCAGUUCUAGCCAGCGAGGACCUCAAUUCCAAGCGAGUUCGAACCAAUGGUGUUCAACUGUAAGGUGAUGAGGCCCCUGGUGAUUAACUCAAUUAUCAUUAUGCUAUUAAUAAAGUAGACCCAUGUAAACAGUGUACUGAAAUGAAUGAUGAUUCAAAUUAAAAGAAAUGUAGCUUGAUGUUUCUCCCUCAAACAUAAAAAUGUCCCUUCAUGGUUAAAAACACAUUCUUCACAUUUUCAAUUUACCAUUAUGGACUAUUUUUGAAGAGCCGUAUUUUUUCAAAGAUCAUAACUGUUGGUAAUGGCCGAGGGGUUCCAAUUGCUGGAAAAUAUAUUCUAUAUAAUGUUAUAAGCAUAGGUGGCAGUAUCAACAUGAAAUUGUGCAUUACUGGUCGAUACUGCCCCCUAUGGUACAAAGUACAUAUAGAAUCAAUAAAGCAGGUUUUAAAGGGGUUCAAGGUGUUUUAAGUGAUAUGUAAGUGGUGAAAUUUUACUUGUGUGUCUAAAUGGACUUCAGAGAUGUAUUAUGCAGCAAUUCAAUACAUUUGUGAUAUGUUUAUAUCAUUAGGCGUUAAAAAUGUAUUAAAGGGGCUGUACUCCGUAUGAUAAAAUAGUGAAAAAAAGAAAAUUGUCGAAAACUGACACAAACUUAAGUAAGCCAUCGUAGCUCAGCGGAUAAAACGCUGGACUGCAAUUUUGACGACAUGGGUUCGAACCCGGUCUCCGACACAAUUUAUUUUACAUUUUGGUUCUUUUUUUUUACAAUUAUGAUAUCAAAGCGUAACACAUUCUAUUAGAUAAUUGUCCUGAAACUUUUUUUGUGCCAAUCUGGUGUACAGUCCCUUUAAGUGUUUUAGAUGAAAUAACACUUGUGUCUAAUUGGACUUCAGAAAUGUAUUAUGCAGCAAAACGAUCACAUUUGUGAAUUAUUAAAAUCAUUUGUGAUAUGUUUACAUCAUUAAGUUUGUACUUUAUAUUUUUAUUUGUAUGUAGUUAUUUUCUUGAUAGCUUAUUUAUAUUGAGGCCACACAAAAUUAAUAUUUUGUUCGUUGGAUUUUCCGCACCUUGUUUCAAGAAAAUUAAAAAAAAAAAAAAAAAAAGUAAUUUUAAUUUUUAAGCGCCUCUCCCAUUUUUUCAACGAAACAUUUGGGAAAAAAUCAGUCUGAUAACAUGGACACACUUCAGAACAAAACACUUAAUCUUAUGAAGCAUUAGUCGGAUUGUUUAAGGCUUUGUCAAAGUUAACAUGAUUAACAACAUCAUUGACAAUUUUUAACAUGAAUUAUUUGAUGAUGUGUUCAAAUGUUUAAAAAAUGAUAAAUAAUAAUAAUUAUUUUGCCUUUUUUUGGCAAAAAUUUUUCAAGCAAAAAACUUAUUGCUGUGCCCUAGUAGUUUAUGAUAUUAGCGCUUUUUUCUUGCUGGUACUGGUGCUUUAGUGUGUUGUGUGACAUUAUUUAUAGACUUUAUGUUGGUACAUG